AUGGCAGAAGUUCUGGACGAAGCCGAGGCCUUCAUACAUGCCACAGAGAUAUGUAGUGUGUCCAAAAAUGGAAAGAGUAGAGAGGCGACGGACUCAUCUGGGAAGAAAGAAAGGACUAAUAGGAAGGUCAAGCGGGUCAACGUGGACGUGGGGACCAGUUUCGACCUCGAGCUACCCUUCCCAAUGAAAUCUCCUGUUGAGAAUCGAGAUCCCAAGCUGUACUGCCAGUUCCACGAGGAUAUAGGUCAUGAUACCAAAGAUUGUAGAAGUCUGAAAAGGGCCCUGGAUGGUCUAACUUCCAAAGGGCACUUAAAAAACUACCUUCAAAGAAGCACUCACGGCACAGGAAAAAGCCAAUACAAGAAAAAAAAUUCACCCGUCUCAGCCGCAGAGGGAAACCACAGCGAAGGGAGGUUCGUAGCCGUCAUAUCGGGGGGACCUGCCGCUGGAGGACCCACCAUGAGGGGACAGAAAGAUUAUGCCCGUCGACUAGGUCAAGUGAUGCUGUCAGGAAAGUCACCAAUGGAUCCAUUCCCUCGGAUAGAAAUAUGUGAAUCAGAUGGAGGACGCGUAGCCACCCCACAUGACGAUCCUCUCGUCGUCGAAAUAAAGAUCUCCAACAUGAGGGUGAAACGCAUAUUGAUAGAUACAGGGAGUUCGUCUGAUAUAAUGAGCAUGGAGUGCCUAAGCCGUCUAGCUCACGAUCCUAAGGCCAUUGAAAGCAUCCACUAUCCUAUCAUCGGUUUCAAAGGAAGCACCAUACAUCCCGUAGGCGUCAUAACACUACCAGUGCGGAUAGGAGGACGCAAUGACGGAAGAAAGAUGGAUGUGGAUUUCUUAAUUGUCAAGGACUUAACAGCAUACAAUAUAAAAGCAGUGGUCGUUACUCAUCUAAUGCUUCUAAAGAACGUAUGUGACGACGGAGCAAUAUGA